CUUGCUUCCAGCUUUGUAUCUGGCCUACCUGUGCUAUUUGUGUAGACCACCAUGGAAUCCAACGACUUGUUCUCUUUUCUGGACGAAGUUCCCCACAAAGCCGAAUCGUCUCAUCCCGAUGGCGAUGUUCCAAUGCAAGAAGAGGCCAAACAUCCCAACGGGUCGGUGCCCCAGAAGCGCAAGGCAUCAACACCUCCAGCUUUAGAAACCAAUGGUGACCGAACCGCGUCGUCCAGUCAGGAAGCUGGUCCUUCAGAACCUAAGAAGCCGCGUCUGGCUUCCCCCAAACCGGUAGUCGUUGACGAGGUGAAAAUUGAGGCAAAACGCGAGGUCGCGGCGAGCGCGGGCUUGACGGGCGCGGUAGAGGCGGGUUCUCGGCUGGAGCUUCGGCAUCAGGUGCGGCAUCAAGUCGCGGUGCCGCCAGGCUACCCGUACAUACCGAUAUCACAACAUGUGCCGCCCGAGAAACCAGCGCGCGAAUACAAGUUCACUUUGGACCCCUUCCAGCAAGUGUCUGUGCAUGCCAUUCAGCGGAAUGAGAGUGUGCUCGUGUCCGCGCACACGAGUGCCGGCAAAACCGUGGUGGCGGAGUAUGCAAUCGCUCAGUGUCUACAGCAGAAGCAGCGUGUAAUCUACACGAGUCCAAUCAAGGCUAGUAACUAUAGUCCUGUACGAGACCUCAAUGAAUCAUCGUUUUGCUCCAUACAGGCCCUGAGUAACCAGAAGUACCGAGAAAUGCUCGCAGAGUUCGGAGAUGUUGGCCUCAUGACCGGAGACGUGACUAUCAACCCGAGCGCGACAUGUCUGGUGAUGACAACCGAAAUUCUGCGUUCGAUGUUGUAUCGCGGCUCUGAAAUCAUGCGUGAGGUAGCCUGGGUCAUCUUCGACGAGAUUCACUAUAUGCGCGACAAGGAGCGUGGCGUCGUUUGGGAAGAAACCAUCAUCCUUCUCCCUCAUACCGUUCGCUACGUCUUCCUAUCAGCCACCAUUCCAAACGCAAUGCAAUUCGCAGAGUGGAUAUGCAAAUCACACGAGCAGCCCUGUCACGUUGUAUACACCGACUUCCGACCAACCCCACUGCAGCACUAUCUGUUUCCCGCAGGUGGCGAGGGUAUCUACCUUGUUGUCAACGAGAAGGGAGAGUUCCGGGAGGACAAUUUCACGAAGGCGAUGGGCAUGUUGCAGGAAAGGUCAGGUGAAGACCCCGCAGACCCAAAAUCGGGCAAGGGCAAAAAGGGCAAGACAAAAAAGGGCGGCGAGAAGAAGGGCCCUUCGGACAUCCAGAAAAUUGUGAAGAUGAUCAUGCUCAAGAACUACAACCCCGUCAUCGUCUUCGCAUUCAGCAAGCGCGAGUGCGAGGCGCUCGCGCUGACCAUGUCCAAAUUGGAGUUCAACACCACCGAGGAGCAGGAUCUGAUAACAAAUAUCUUCAACAACGCGAUGGAGAACCUCUCGCCCGACGACCGCCAGCUCCCCCAGAUUUCGAACCUCCUCCCCCUCCUCAAGCGCGGCAUCGGCAUCCACCACGGCGGGCUCCUCCCAAUCCUCAAAGAGGUUAUUGAGAUCCUGUUCCAGGAGGGCUUCAUCAAAGUCCUAUUUGCGACCGAGACUUUCUCCAUCGGCUUGAACAUGCCCGCCAAGACCGUCGUGUUCACCGCCGCACGCAAAUUCGAUGGGCACGAUUUCCGGAAUCUCUCCUCGGGCGAGUACAUCCAAAUGUCUGGGCGCGCGGGGCGGCGUGGGCUCGACGACCGCGGAGUCGUCAUCAUGAUGUGCGACGAGAAGCUCGAGCCGACGGCAGCGAAGGGGAUGAUCAAGGGCGAGGCGGACAGGCUCGACUCGGCGUUCCACCUCGGGUACAACAUGGUGCUGAACCUGAUGAAGGUUGAGGGCAUUAGUCCCGAGUUCAUGCUUGAGCGGUGUUUUUACCAGUUCCAGCACCAGGCAGAGGUGCCUGUCAUCGAAGCUGAGCUCGAGAAGGAGGAGGAGAAGAAGGCUGCGAUGACAAUUCCUGACGAAGAGCUCGUCGCGAGCUACUAUGACCUCCGCCAGCAGCUGGACCAGAUGGCGUCGGAUUUCCGGGAGGUCAUCACGCAUCCCAACUACAGCCUUCCGUACCUCCAGCCUGGCCGUCUCAUCAAGGUGAAGUAUCAGAAGCUCGACUUUGGCUGGGGUGUUAUCGUGAACUAUCAAAAGCGGCUACCGCCCAAGGGGCGUCCUGGACCGAAGCUGGAAGACAUCCCUGCACAUGAGCAGUACAUCAUCGACGUGCUGUUGUACUGCUCGAAAGGGUCCACCGUACCUAAGGACCGGAACACGACCACACCGACUCCCGGCGGCGUCCAGCCAUGUUUGUCGGGCAAGGGCGGAGAGCCACUCGUCGUGCCUGUUCUGCUCUCCACCGUUGACUCGAUCAGCCGCCUUCGUCUUUUCCUGCCAAAAGAUUUGCGGCCGGUAGAGCAGCGGAAUAACACAUGGAAAAGUGUGCUGGAGGUGCAGAGUCGGUUCCCUGAUGGGAUUCCUCUGCUAGACCCUGUUGCCGACAUGAAGAUAACGGACGAGAAAUUCAAGGAGCUUGUUCAGAAAAUCGACACCUUGGAGCGCAAGAUGUUCUCGAGCCCACUUCACAAGGACCCUCGGCUGCCGGAGCUGUACACCCUCUAUGCGCGGAAACAGGAGCAUCAAACACGCAUACGCGAGCUCAAAAAGCGCGUGCAGGCGACUCACGACGUCCUCCAGAUGGAGGAGUUGAAGUGUCGCAAACGGGUAUUGCGUCGAUUAGGGUUCACGAACGCCUCGGAUAUUGUUGACAUGAAGGGCCGUGUCGCGUGCGAGAUCAGUACUGGGGAUGAGUUGCUUCUCACCGAGCUCAUCUUCAAUGGCGUCUUCAACCCCCUUUCACCCGAGCAGUGCGCGGGUCUUCUCAGCUGCUUCGUCUUCACCGAGAAGAGCGAGCAAGUCACGAAGCUGAAGGAAGAGCUCGCGGCCCCGCUGCGCGUCAUGCAGGAGAUUGCGCGGCGAAUAGCAAAGGUGUCCAAAGAGUCGAAGCUUCCCAUUAACGAGGACGAAUACGUGAAGUCAUUCAAAGUCGAGCUCAUGGACGCCGUCGUGCAGUGGUGUAGGGGCGCGUCCUUCUCAGAUAUCUGCAAGCUUACCGACCAGUUUGAGGGCAGCCUCAUCCGUGUAUUCCGGCGCCUGCAGGAGCUGAUCCGGCAGAUGGCGCAGGCAGCCAAGGUAAUCGGAAAUCAGGAGCUGCAAGAGAAGUUCGAGAAGGCAUCAGAGAUGCUCGAGCGACCGAACUCAGUCAUCUUCUGUUCAUCACUAUACCUGUAGACUCGUUCUUCUGGCUACCAUACUUGUACCGUUCGCACCUUCGCUCUUCAGUUGUCAAAUAUCAGUGAGAGACACGGCAGUAAC